UGCGAACAGCAGCAACAACAGAGAGCAUGCGUUAAGCAGCCAGUGCAACAACAACAGCAGCAGGAGCAGCAGCAGCAGCAGCAACAACAUCAGAAACAACAACGACAGCAACAACAGUUGUCCCUGCGUGCUAAGGCGCCGUCAUUGUCGCCCCGCCGUCGUUUGCUAAACGGCAAACGGCCGGCCGCAUCGACGGGGCGUGGCUGCGGCCUAAGCCGCUUAUGCUGCAACCUGGACGCACUGCGGCAAUCGGCGCGUCAGCUGCAACUUGUCUCGCUGACAGCGCUAACGCUGCUGCUGUUGCUGGUCACACAUGGAGAUCUUGUGCAGGCGGAGGGCAAUGUUGGCUGCCAGUUUGUUAGGACGCUUUGCAUACCCCACUCCGAGGUCUGUUACGAUGACAACAUCUUUGGGAAGUGCAUUCCGACCACUGGAGUUGACGUCGAGGACAUUGAGAAGACACCACUCACCGAGGACCAAUCACGUCUGCUGGCAACCAUGCUGGAGGAGCUGCAGGGCGCCGGCCUAGGCUGGGACCAUCAUUACGUGCAGUGCCGCAUCCAGGGAGCGCUCUUCUCGCUGCAGCGCCAACAGCAGCUGCCGCCGAACCUCUGCGCCAACCUGGCGCCAGCGCCACCCGACUAUGGCGACCCGGCGAGCGCGUUAGCCUAUGUGCGAUUCACGCCGCCGGAGGCGGAGCAGCUGGAGUUGAGCAAUGUGGACUACUUGGAUCAGACGCAGCCCAGGCAGCAAGCGCAAUUCUAUCCAGCGAUGCACAAGAAGCAGUCGCAGGACAGCGGCUUCAAUAGCAUCCUCCAUCAGCUGCAGCUGCAGGAUCGCCGUCGGCUGCGUCACGAUCCCAGCGAGCUGGAGCACUUUGGCAAGCUGGACGGGCACAUGAAGAACUCACAACUGGAGCUUCCGAGCGUGAUGGAUGCGUUUUUGGACACGGAACGGCAACGGAUGGCGAUGCGACUGGCCGAGCAGGACGCCAACUCGAAGGCGGGCAGUCCGCACAAUCGACUGGAGCUAUACCAAAUACUGGCCGCCUCCGAGCCCGAUCCGCAGCCCUAUCAGCGCAACCAACAGCCAGCCAAUGCCAUGGACGAGCUGGAGGCGAUUGUGGAGCAGCAGCAGCAGCAGCAACAACAGCAGCAGUCGCAGUCUCAGGACCCGGAUCCGCCGUCGGCAGCACCCGCCUUUCUACCCGAUGAGCUAAACGAGUCCAGUGAGCUCUAUUUCCCGGACAACUAUGCGCCGUUCAAGCGUCGGGGACAGCAGCUGAAGCACUCCUUCUUCCGCGAACUGGCCAACGAGCAGGGCCUGGCCCAGGAGCCGUUGGCUCAGCUGGCUGCCCAGCCGGAGCUGAUGAAGAGACGCCCCAGCGACAACGACGUCAAUGUCCAGGAGCAGGAGCUGGCGUUCGAGACCAGCUUGCGCCGCAACUCGCUGACACCCCUGGAGGAGGAGGCCAUGCUGGCAUCCAACAGCUAUCCGCGCGCCCUGCACAACCAGCGCGUCUACACGGAGGGUGGGUUGCUCUUGGUGCCGCAGGACGAGCUGCAGCAGGACUCGGCGCAGGCGGACGAGCCAGCGAGCAUCAAGCAAGCGCUGCUGGCCAACAUGCUGGGCUUUGCGCGUCACGAGCGACUCGAUGUGAAGAAGCCGGGUCCCCAGCUGGGUCCACCGUCCUCUGAGCAGAGCAACCAGGUGGGUACAGAGAAGCCGCAGCAUGCCAAGGAUGUCAACAAGGAGGUGCUGCCCGCGCACAUCAAGGGCGGCGAUGUCAACGAGCCGUUCAAGAAGAAGAAGGUCGUCAAGGAGCAGCACUCGGACGAGGAUCAUGCGCCGCACACCGUAGACACUGAAUAUGCACAUGUGUUCGUGAAGAACCCCAUUGACAGUUGGUACGAUGGGCAGCGCAUCAUGAAUGAGCUGGCGCAAAUACUACACAUGCAGGGAUACUUUUCUUAUUUAACCGUUCAACCGCACGAAGUCAGCUUCCGGGUGGACUCAAACAACCCCGAGCGCAAGACGGCCGCUGAUGUAGCUCGCUACAUCAAUGAGAACCGCGGCGUCAAGAACAACAUCCAGCGACGCGUCGGCUUCUAUGUGCUGCACGCCGGCGUCGGCGAUCGGGUCAAGGAUCUGCGCGAUUCGAGCAUCUCUGCGUCUCCUAUUGAGCUGGCCGAGCAGGGGCCGGAUGUGACCCACAUAAUGGCCUACAUGUUCGCCGGUGCAGGCGCCGCGGCUGUGAUUGUGAUCUUUGUGACGCUCAUUCUGAUCAGGCGGCACGAUCGCAAACGCGACAAGCUGGGCGGCCUGCAGACGGGCAUGUCGGGUGCGGAGAGCUGCAGCAAAGACUAUCAAGAGCUCUGCCGCGCACGUAUGGCCGGAAAGAAUGGCAACACAACGACUGGCAGCGCUGGUGGUGGUGUCGGUGGUGGUGCCAAUGCUGGCACCGAUCAGGCCCACAGCGGACGCAUCACCUCGCUGAGCAAGGAGAACGAGGGCCGGCCGCCAUCAUCACGAUCCAGCACGUCAUCAUGGAGCGAGGAGCCAGCGUUGACGAACAUGGACAUCUCAACUGGACACAUGGUGCUGUCAUAUAUGGAGGAUCAUCUGCGGAACAAGGGCCGAUUGCAGCGUGAGUGGGAGGCGCUGUGCCGCUACGAGGCAGAACCCAGCGCCCGAGAUGCCGCCUCCCAGCCGCAAUGCGCUAACUUGAAUCGACCCGGUGCUCCGCUGCCCUACGAUCACUCGCGGGUGGUGCUCAACCAUCUGGCCAAUGCCGAGGGACUGGACUAUGUGAAUGCAUCAACUAUUACCGAUCACGAUCCUCGUGCACCCGCCUAUGUGGCAGCCCAGGGGCCUUUGCCCUCGACCUUGGCGCACUUUUGGCAAAUGAUUUGGGAGCAGGGCGCUGUUGUCAUAGUUGCCCUCUGUCGCCUGCAGGAGAAUGGAGAGGUGGCCUGUGCACGCUACUGGCCGGAAGAGGGUGCGGAGGUUUAUCACAUCUAUGAGGUUCACCUGGUUAGUGAGCACAUCUGGUGUGAUGAUUACCUCGUACGUUCUUUCUACUUGAAAAACUUGCGCACUAGCGAAACACGCACCGUGACCCAAUUCCACUUCCUGUCCUGGCCGCAGAUGGGCGUGCCGCCGCAAGCGAAGGCGCUGCUGGACUUUAGACGCAAGGUGAACAAGUCGUAUCGUGGUCGCUCCUGUCCCAUUGUGGUACAUGGCAGCACUGGCGCCGGACGCACUGGCUCCUACAUACUGUUGGAUCUGGUGCUGGGACGCAUGAACAAGGGCGCACGCGAAAUAGACAUUGCCGCCACACUGGAGCAUCUGAGGGAUCAGCGAGCUGGCCUGGUGGCCACGCGCCAGCAGUUCGAGUUCGUGCUGAUGGCCGUGGCCGAGGAGGUGCAUGCCAUACUGAAGGCUCUGCCGGCGAACACGUCGGGCGAGAAACGUGAGCUGGACAAGGACAAUGGCGCCACCAAGGAGCCGCUCAAGGAGGACAAGGCACAGGAGGCCGCCGAAGAGGAGGCGCCGACCAGCAGCAGCAAAGCAGCAGCAGCCGCCGCAGCCAAGGAGAAGGGGCCGGCCAAGGAGUCCACUCCCAAGGACUCCAAAGCGUCCGCUGAGCAGAAGAAGAAAUAGGCGCGCAGAUAAAAUGCAAAACAACAAAGCAAAAUGAAACCAAAAACAAAAAAAUAACCAAAAUAAUAAUUCUUUAGUUUACAUCACGUUUGUUGCAGCGUUUCGGGGGUCUAAUUUAGUUGUUGUAGCUAGUAUUAAAGUACACACAUUGUUUUCAUGCAAUUUAUGUUGAAAGGUCUAAGCACUUGGAAGGUUCGAAAAGGGCUCAACAUGGUCGGCCAGAGUUGGAUACGCAUUAACUGUUCAGUUAUUAUCUAAAAACAAAAUUUAAAUAUAUAUAUAUAUAUAUAUAUAUAUAUAUAUGUAAAGAACUAUAUGUAUAUGUAUAUCUUAAGCCUAUGUUCAGCACAAAUUGCACCAAGUGAAAGAAUAACCAAAUAAUUUUAUAGCGCUUGCAAUGCUGCCACAGAGCUUGCCCCAUCGCCAGCAUGCUGCAACGGGUUCGCACACCAGCCCGUGUCAUCCGUUGAGAGCGUCUCUGGCUGGGGUCAACUCAAGCUUGUGGUCGCAUUCGGCGCGCCGCACAUAUAUUUCUAUCAAGUACAUGAAUAUAUAUAAAACGUAUAUAAAAGUAUGAGAAACAUAAUUUGAGUGUUAUAUACAAGACAAAUAUUUAUAUAUAUAUAUAUAUGUUAUAUAUAUAUACAUAUACAUGUGUAGCUGUUAAGCAUUUAAAUUCAAUUAUGAAUGCAUUUUAUCUAUCGAUGUUGGCAUAAAACAUUUAAAGCAAACCACGCAUAUGAAUACCCUUUACUUUUUGGUGUGCAUAUAAACCUCUAAUCGAUGUGCUUGAAAUAAUCAGCGGGAAAGAUGAUCAAGAAAAAUGAACAAGAACAACAAACAACAAAGAAACUAAAUGGUAUACAUAUGCCAACAACUACAACAACACGUGACACACAUACAACAUACAUAUACAAGAUCAGACAUAUACAUCUAUAUAUAUAUAUAUAUAUAUUAUAUAUAUACCGCAAGAGGAUGAAUGUAAAAUUUGUACCUAAACGAAGAAUGAAACGCAAAAAUUUCUAUUUACAAAAAACUAAAAACCAAACAUUAAAAAAAAAAAAAACAAAAAAUGCAGAUACAAAAGCUAUUGAUGUGUACGACAAUUACUUAUACAAGUUUAUUAUAUAUUGAAAAAAACUCUAUAUAUUAUAAAUAUAUAUAUAUAUAUACAAUAUACAUUAUUCAUAUACAAUAUGGUGAGUGUCAAUAUUUAUAUUAUAUUAUAUUAUAUGGACUAACUACUAUAUCUGAGUGUAAAUUUUCAGCAAAACAUAUUUAAAUAUUGUUUUACCAACCAUAUGUGUGCAAGUUAUUAUGUCUAUAUAUAUACAUAAUCUCUCUAUUUGUUCAGUUCUCUCAUUAAACCAAAAUCCCAAAAGAAUUUAUUUCGAACCAAAAUCCAGUAACCCAAAAUGAAAAAUAAAAAAAAAUACCACAUCGGCACUAGGCUCAGCGAGUUCGUGCAGUUUGUGCCCAGCGCUUUAAACUCAUGUAUUUCUCAUCUGAUUUCGAGGCAGCUAAAAGCACUGCUCGCAAACCGUUCGCACUCGCCGAUCCCCUAGAAUCAUGUCGAAACAAAAGUUUAGGAGGGUGUGUCACACACAUAUCUGGAGAAGAAGAAGAUAGCGCAACAUCUAGAAAUCGAAGCUUUAACAACACACAAAAUUGUUAAUUAAUGCUUUCGCCGGCAUGCAAUAGAACAUGAUAAGAAAAUACUAAAUACACAUAUAUAAAUACAAUUACAAACACAACAACAAAAAUACAUAUACAAUCAAACACUCACUGACACACACACAUCACAUGAAAAUACGAUUCAAACUAAAUGAAAUCCCCACUCAGGCAUGACCCUUUGAAUGUUUCAAAUGGACAAUUAGCUAAAUGUUAACCAGGAACUUAACUAAGAACACAUGGUUUAGGUGCGGUGUCUAAAAAAUACUGCAUUACACGUUACACGAAACACAAAACAACGGAAUCGCCACAAUGAUACAUAUGACUACAAAUGAUAUCCACAACUGACUAAAGAUAAUACAAAUUAGUUAUGUAAGUGCAAAAUAUUCAAAAAAAAAAAAAAGCCAAAAAAAAAAAAACUACAAAUAUAUAUUAAAAAUACCAAAAUAUAAUACAUUCCUAUAUGGACAGAAGAACAGGAGCAGCUGAGUUGAUUAAACGCAGUAUCUGAAAAUGAAUGUAUUUAAAUGCAAAUGCUGCAAGUUAGCACAAAAAUUACUGCAAAAAAAUACCCAUAAACAAAAGAGAAAUAUUAAAGUAAUUAACAGUUUGCUGUAGCAGUUGGUGUUAAAAAAUAAAAAAUACAUGCGUUAUUUGUAGUUUGAGAAAAACUUUUUGAAAACAAAAAAACCAAAUGUCAACUAAAUAAUGUUAAGCAAAUAUCAAAAAUUAACAAAUUUAACUAGACGCAAUAUUUGUUUGUUAGUAUUUCCUUCGUUACAAUGACAAGAUUCAUUAAAUACUUUUUUUUUUUUUUUAAAUACACAAACACAACACAAAAGCAAAAAACAAUAUUACAAUAACUGUGGCAGGCCCAACAACAACUUGGGGCUUGCAAAAAUCUCUUAAAAACUCUUAUAAACGUGGUAGAAAGUAAAAAAAAAAAAAAAAAACACAAUUUAAAGUUUACAGUAAAAAAAAAAAAAAAACACUUAAGAAAAAGAAAAUUUAAUAUUUAGUAGUGAGUUUUUUCCAUUAAUUUAACAAAAGGUUUUUCAGUGUUUAUUAAAUACAAAUUACAACCAAAUAUUUCCAAAUGUUCUUCGAAAAACAAAUUAAAUAAGUGUACUAAACCAAAAUGAAGAAGACGAUAAACUCUAGAUGUAUUGUAGUAAAAAGUAUAUAAAGUAUAUAAAAGGCAAUUAUUAUUGAUGUAUAUUCGAAAAAAAAAUACAAUUAUAUUAUAUUCAAAAGCAUACAACCAUGCGUAGCAAAUUGAACGGAACUUACAAAAUAACACAAGCAAAACUUAUUAUAAUGUAAUAAAAAUUAAAUGUUUAAAAAUAUAUAUAAAUAUAUUUAUAUAUAUGUUUAUAUAUAUAAUAAAAGCAUACAAUAUACGAUAUGUAUGUGUACGUAGUUCAGGCACAGAAGUUAUCAUUUCUUAAAGCUAUUUUCAUUGAUGGUGUAACAUAGAUAUACAAAGAACUAAAAAAAAAAACUACUCUAAAAAAUACAAAAUUGACACAGAUUUUGACAAUGCUUAUGCAAAAACAAAAACGGUACAUUAUGACCCCGAAGUCUAGCUCAAAUCACAGCUCCCGCUGGAGUACAGAGAGCGAGGCUUCCAGUGAAUAUAAUAAUUAUAGUAUGGAUAAAAAUACAUACCAACAAGGCUGGCAUCAAUUGGUUAGCUGAAUUCCAUCGAGAGCAAGGUACGAUCGCUGCCCGAGUACAGCAGGCACAGAUAGAUACAAACCGUGGACCGAUCUGGACAGACUUAAAUGACCGACGAACUGCAUACAAAAUGGUUUGAGUUCCUAGUUAAACGCAAGCUGACUCUGGAGACGUAGACGUACCGACGGACAUUCUGGACUGGCUGUAAAUACGCACAUCUUAGCAUUGGACACCCUGAAAAAAUACUACAAAUAUUAAGAAAAAUACCGACCUGAACAUGGACAACACAAAACUAAAUAUGGUUUGCCGAUAUCUUAAAGCGUUCAUCGUAUCAUUUCUCUCGAUCGAAUUCCGAGCUAUCAACUUGAUGCAGCAUUGUUUCUAGAUUAGUGUGAAAUACAUAUGACGUUCAACAUGAUUUAUAACAGGAGUACGAAAACUUAAAACUUUGGCUUAUUUCGAUAUGUUAAAUGUUUCAAUUUCUUGAAUAAACAAAAAAGAAAAUGAAAAUAUACAAAUACAAAUAAAUACAAAAAUAAAAUAUGAAUAUCCAUAUAACAUGCAUAUUUAUCACACAUUAAAAACUAUGCGUGUUGUAAUUAAUGAAAACAUAUAUAUGUAUAAUAAAAAUCCAGAAAAUUAAAUAUAUGUAUAUGCGAAAAUAUAAUACAAAAUAUUGCUGUAUAUUUCAAUUAAACAAAAUACAACUUAAGCGAAGUCAAAUACCAAGCGCAGGCUUUCAUACAUUUUUGGAAAAUAAAUGAAAUUCUAAUAUAUAAGUUUGACAAAUAUCGAUGUGUAUAACAUAUAUAAAAAUAUUUAUAUA